AUGGUUAACAAAUUUUCUUUCAAAGACGAUAAGACCAAUCUCAAAUACAUUAACACAAUCAAUAAGAAAGAAAUCAAAACCAAAGAAAUAGAACUCCUCCAUCUUGUAACACAAGGAAAAGGUCAAAAUAUCGAGGAAAUUGAAAAACUAAGAAAUAAUAUCAAAGUACUAUACAAGGAAACUGGAGCUGAUAUCAAAGCAAAACUAAGUGAAAAUUUCAACAAACAUGACAGCUCAAUGAUUUACCAGUUUGACAAACAUCUAAAAGAAAAAUCAAUAGAUUGGAAAAAUAUCCAAUUCUCUGAAGAAGAAAUUGUGCAUCAUUUUGAAACAAAAUUUACCUCAGUAUCCAAAUCAUCAGACUUUGAAAAUCCACCAUCAACCGUCAAGAAAGGACCGAAAAUACCACAAAUAAGCCUUAAAACAAUUAAAGAGGCGAUAUCGAGAAUGAAAUCCAACACACCCGGUCUAGACUCAAUAUCCUUCCAAAUUAUACGUAAUCUCAAAGACGAACAUCUACAACUUAUUGCUGACCAAUUUGAAAACUGCAUUCAACAAGGUAAUAUCCCUGAAGAAUGGAAAUCUGGUUGGGUUAAAUUACUCCCUAAAAGAGACAUUCAAAAACUAAAUGAUAUUAGACCCAUAACCAUUCUCCCAAUAUAUUACAGAAUACUUUUCAACAUAAUUGCAUACGAAUUAAGACAAUGGGCUUCCAAACACAUCAACUUAAGGCAACAAGCAUUUAUUUCACACAGAAACACAAUGAAUCACGGAUUAUUACUUUCAUCUCUAGCCAAAAAGAACAAGUCGUCACUCCUUUUGGUAAACUUAGACAUCGAAGGCGCCUAUGAUUCCGUUGAAGAUCAUAUCAUUGAAAAAGCUCUCACUCAUUGUAAGUUUCCAGAUGAGUUGAAAACUUUUAUACUAAACUCAUACAAGAGUCAAAUAUUACAGCUAGAAAUUGAUCACCAUCUCUCUAGACCAUUCACAAAAACAAGAGGAAUACCACAAGGAUGCCCUUUAGCUCCUCUUAUAUAUGAUUGUAUUACUCAACUCAUCAUUGACAAAUGCAUACAACAAUGGAAAAUUUCAAUCAAACCAACCAAGCUUAAUAUUAACGAUAUUGGUUUGCUCUGCUUUGCUGAUGACAUUAAUUUAGUUUCAAACAGAUACUGCAAUUAUAACGAAAGACUUGAUAAUAUCUCUAAAUGGCUCGGCCAAUUAAGUCUAAAAAUUAAUCCUUCAAAAUCCAUGGCAACCACUCUCCCAACUAAAAGCAAAAUGAAGCCAAUGAUAGACGGUACUAUUAUACCAAGAUUCAAAAACCUUCGAGUACUUGGACACUAUCCUUGGGAUGACUCUACUUUAAAUGAAGAUAUUGAAAAAAGAAUCCUCCAAUUUCAACUCUCACUCAAAUAUAUUCCACUGAAAAGAAUGGAGAUAACAAACAUUAAGAAAGUAAUUUUGCCAAAUGCACUAGCUUAUUUACACACAUUUUACGAACAAAUUACAUUCCUGAAUCACUUGUUGAUAGAAUUAACAUUGAAGUAA